GAGCCGCAGAAGUCUGAUAGUAGCUGAAGGAAGUCCUUCCAGGAGAGAGUUCAAGAGAGAGCAAGUGGCUGAACGAGGAGUUGUGUGGCGUAAUUAGUGAGGAAGGAUUGAAUCCUCUGGAUAUUAGGAAGAAGGGAACAAGAGGACAUGGAUGCCUUGACAAGCGGAUCAUGUGACACAAGUAUUCACUGACUCUUUUGUUUUUGUUUGCUGUGUUCCAGCAUUGGUCUCCAUAGACAACUGUUCAGAAACUUUGCUGUCUCUGUUCUCUGUAAAAAACUGGAGAUUAACAUUUUUUUUUUCUUGGCCAUCACGACAUCCAUAUGGUGUAAGUAAGUAUUUCUGAGUGGAGUACUCCUUAAAAGGUGGUUUAAGCAGUUUACAGAAUGGAUGAAUGAACUUUGUGAUAGGUGUGUUCUAACAUUUUCAAGCAAUCAAAGUAUCAAAUAACAACUCUGGGAAUGUGCAGGUGCAGCAGAUUUUGGCCGUUCCACCAAAGUGUGAACAAGUUCUGAAGAAUGCAGGCUGCCUUCCAGCAGGAUUUUCAUGCUGUUCUAAAGUGAAACAAACCGUCUCUCCACGAGGAAGAACUUACCCGUGCACCGCCACGCCUACCUGCCCACCUCUCUUUGGUUAUGCUUUCUAGAGCUGCCCUCCUUUUUUGAAGGCCUGCCAAUGAGGUUACAUCUCAGCAGACAACACUGAUAGAGGAAAUGAAACUGGAGCAGUGAGCUUCACAGAAGAGGUUUCUGUGGUGAGGAAGAUGGCUCAGAGGAACGUCACAGGUUAUGAGCAGGAGAAAAAGGUAGACCUUUCGAGAAAGAAACUCAAAGCUUUACCGGAAGACGUCUUGGGUGAUACCAAUGUUGUUCAGCUGGAUCUGGACCGUAAUAAGCUCAAAACACUUGUAGGCAUUGAAAAGCUGAGGAAUCUGAGAUGUCUCAUCUUAAGCAAGAAUGAAUUCAGUGUGUUCCCACAAGAAAUCUCCCUUUUACAAAAUCUUGAGAAGCUUUACCUAAACCAGAACAAGCUCCCGGUAAUCCCUGAAGGGAUCUUUAACCAACUUCAUCACCUCAGACUCUUGAAACUGAGCCUCAACCGUCUCCAGGAUCUUCCAGGAGACCUUGGUCAAUGUUCCGAGUUGCAGUACAUCAAUGUAUCUCACAACCUCCUGAAGGAGAUUCCCGUGUCAUUGCUGGAGCUCAGAAACUUGGAAGAACUCUACUUGGAGGACAACAAGCUUCAAAAACUUCCUCCCAAGCUUUUUGAAAAUAAGGCUUUACAGAAAUUUAGCGCCGCUCGAAAUCCCCUGAGUGAACCGCCUGACGAGAUCUGCGCUGGUGGGCUCAAGCAAAUCCGAAGUUACUUCAGUCAGAUUAGCACUUCUGAGGCGGACUACAUCAAGAGGGUGAAAACAAUGUUUCUGGGUUGUUCGAUGGCCGGGAAAUCCACACUCUGCAGGAGCCUAAAGCAGCAGCAGGCGGUGGCAGUGGAUUUGAAAGACAGAACCAUUGGAAUUGAAAUAACGGAGACCCAGGUGAAAGACUUUCGAUUUCAUUUUUGGGACUUUGCUGGACAAGAGGAAUACUACCUGACACACCACGUGUUUAUUACACCUCAGGCCCUCGUUAUUUUGGUGAUCAAUUUAGCAAGCUACCAGAAGGAAGACCCCAACUCGUUUAAGAAGGACGUCGCCUUCUGGAUUAAUAACAUCUUGAUGAGGGUUCCUGACUCCGUGGUGCUGCCGGUUGGCACUCAUGUUGAUAAAUGCCCCAGUUUGGAAGUUAUGAUGGCAAAGAAGGCAGAUAUCGAGAAAAGAAUUCAGCAAAUGAUGAAGAAGAUGAAAGAAAACAUUCAGCUGCGGAUGGAGAACUUCAGUGAAAAGAAUGAUGCUGAGCUGUUUUUUGAUCAGUCCAAUAAACUGAACAGCUUGAUGAACUGUGACCUACAGGUCUUGGAUCUGGUGCCCAUCGAUUGUACAAAUAUAAAGGAAAUUAAAAGCCUUCAAAAUAGGAUAUUAGAAAUUGUGCAAAAUAAGGAAAUAUUCCCAAGUAUUGAGAAAAAACUUCCUUACCUUUACAAGAUGGUCGAGUCAACGAUAACAGACCUUCCAAUCCAGAAGGAGAUUCCAGAGCACGGCAUCGUUCCUCUUGGUGAGCUGCUGGACAAACUAAACGAGAAUGGGGGCUUCAAGAAGCUGAUGGAGGAUGAUUUGAAAGAUAUUUUACGAUACCUGCAUAGGAUUGGGAUUAUCAUGUGGUACGAGGAAAUCUCCACUUUGGCCAAGACGAUCUUCGUCAAACCUUCUUUUCUCAUAACUCUUUUUAAGAUGAUUGUCCGUCAUGAUUUGGUUGAACAGUUAGAGAAAAUUCCCAAGGCUGUGUUGGUAGGAGAGCGCGCUCUAGAGAAAGAUGUCCACAAAUGGAUCCGUCAGUAUAGAAGCAAUGCGAUACUGGACCACAAAGCUGUGUCUGCUCUGGUGAAACAUCUGCUGCAGCAAGUCAGCUCUGAUGGAGAAGACGACAUCUUGGAGGAGAUCACGGGGAACAGAGAACAGAAAGGAAAGCUUUUCAACCUUCUGGAACAUUUUGAAAUCUGUUUGGCGAUGAAGCCUCACACGUCCCUAAAUCCUAAUGCUAAAGCAUUUGAGCCAGGAAGAAGGUGGGCCUAUAUGAACUACCAUUCCAAUGGAGCUUACCUGUUUCCAAGCAACUUACGCAACGCCAUUUCAAUGGAAAUUUGGAAAAACGAUAAUGAAGAUGAUGUACGUGUCUUGGUUUAUUUCCUGCCAGAAGUUCCUGAAGGGUUUUUUCCAAGGCUUAUCAUAAGGACCUGCUCGCUUUUUUCUCCUCACUGGGUGGGCUUUCAAACAUGCUUAGUUGUGUCCAACUCUAUUAAGCUGUUGAUAAAGGAAAAACACGAAGAAGACCAGUUCAUGGAAAUUCGCUGCAGACGUCCCCGCGACACCGAUUUACACUCUACCUGGGUCCUCAUCCUGGCCAUCAUUUCUAAACUCAAAAAACUCUCAGAGCAGUGGCCAGGACUGUACUACAGCAUCCGGAGCCCCUGUCGGACCAAGAACUGCCAUGAAGACUUUCCUUGGCCAGAUCAGGAUGGGCUGUCAGACUACAUGGACAUGGCGGAGGGUGAGGUGUCAACAUGCAGUGAAGGCCACAGGAAUGAAACUGAGCUGCUUUUCCCCAAAGCUGAAAGUUGCAGAAGAAGAACUAAAGAAGCAAGGAGCCCGAAUGUCUACAACAUCAAUGCUACUGGAAACAUUUCCAUUGGAACCAACAAUACUAUUGAUGUGAAAGAUCAGAAUUUUGACUCCUGAAGCGGAUAUCUGGAUCCACUUGGAAGAAGAGUGUCAAAAAUUAUUAGAAUAUUUGGACUCUGUUUGUCUGAAAAACUGAAAUGAAGUGACUGUCAUAUUUCUUGAACGUGUUGUCUGCUGGUCAAACACGUGAGUACGAAUUUCACCAAAGUUUGUACAUGCAACAAUAAAUGUGAAUUUGAAUUUUGUAU